CACGCCAGGCGCGCGCCCGACCCUCGCCGCCAUGGUGUCCGAGUGCCUCCCAGCCCGUUAGCACCGAUCUGUUCGUGUCUGCUAUUUAUUCUUUCCAUGAUGGUUUAAGAGAGGAAGGGCGGCGUGCUGCUCGCUUGCCAGCAGUCUGCUAUCUCUUUACAUCUGCUAAUUUCCUAAAACACAUAGCUCUAUUUAAAACAUAUGUGAGAACUACAGUGUCUUUACAUGCGCUAUACUUGUUGCAGUUUUGCAAUUCAUCAUCUGGACUGGGAAAUUCAGGAAUUGCAGACAUAUUUAUAGUGUCUGUUUUCCAUAUUUCCUCAUGCUCCACAUCCAGAUGUCCUUUAGUGUGGCUGGUGAAGAGGACUUCUUUUUGGAAGAAAAAAGAUUCAAGCAGUACUGUGAAGAAUUUAUUAAACAUUCACAGAAAAUAGGAGAUGGUUGGGAGUGGAGAACUAGCAAGGACUUUGCUGAUGGUUAUCUUAGUAAAACACACUUCCAAAUAACAAAGAGAAGUGUCCCACCAGAUCUCAAGGAGAAGAACAAUGAUAACAUUGAACAAAUGUUAUUUAUGCAUGUCGAAGAAUCUUUGGAUGAUUCUCAAGUAGAUGGAGUUUGUGCAACAGCAGAAGCGAUUCGCUAUGAGUAUCAUGUCUUGUACUCCAGCAGCUACCGAGUGCCUGUGCUUUAUUUUAGGGCAUGCUUUUUAGAUGGUAGACCUUUAACUCUGGAUGAAAUAUGGAAAAGUGUUCAUGCAUGCUACCAGGCUCGGCUGCUGGAAGGCCCCUGGGACACUAUUACACAGCAGAAUCUGCCAAAGGAACUCCAUUUUCCUCAGAAAAACUGCAGCAGGUUGAUAAUUGCCUCUUCAACUUGGACUUCCUACUUGAUUAUGUGUGAAGAAAGAAGUGUCCAGCUCACUUUUCCUUACCUUAGUUGGCUGUGUGGGGAACACCCCUUACUUGGGCAGCCAUUUUUUGUCCUACACCCCUGCCGGACUAAUGAAUUCAUGUCUUCUGUACUGAUCAGUUCACGAAAAGAGAAUAGACACACGAAUUACAUUACAUCGUGGCUGAGUAUUGUGGGCCCAGUUGUGGGCCUGAAUCUCUCUCUCAGUUAUGCAAAACUAGCAUCUGAGCAGAAUACAGAUGCUGAUUUAAUCGAUAGGCCUCUGAGCUGAAGGACAGAUUAUGGUCAGCUGAAGUAAAGCUACUGCAGACUUCCCUAGGAAUCAAACACAGACAAAAGGAAUCCUUCCUGAGUGGUAAGCAGUACAACUUGGGAGGACAACUAUUCAGUGCUCUUUCCUGACAAGAGCUUGCCUGGUUACAGUUAAAGACCUAAGAGCUGACUGCAGUUGCGACAAUGACUCUCAAAUGCCACCAAGACAUGAAGUCCUUGUGACAGCAUUGACCACUUAAAGUUACUCAUUUCCUAUCUCUGUUUUACUGGGGUUGCGGCCUUAACGAGGCUGCACACAAAUGCACAAGCCUAUGGUUCCUUGAUAUAGAAUUGAAAUGUUGGAUUUUGAGUCUACUAGAAGUAUCUACUAAAAAUCAUGUUUCUAGAAAAGUCUGCACAAUGUCUGAGGACAUGUAGAGCAAAACACUUUUAGGAUGUGGUUUAAGCCUGUAGCAAUCAUUGCAUGGGCUGGGACUAGUUCACGUAGGUACCACCUUCUCCACCAUUCUUCGACACAUGGGUCCUCCUGUGUGUUUCACACCAGAAUGCACUUUGCUGCCUGCACCAUACAUGCAAUGUAUCCUGUCCCAUGGUGCAAAUCGCAGGACUGAAUAGUACUUUGCUGAGAAUAUUUUGUGUACGUCACACCUCAGGGAACAAACAGAAUCAAGAUUCUAGACAAGUUAUAGUCUACAUUUGACUAAGCAUGUACAGUUCUAGAGUUCAUGAUCCCUUGUGCUAUGAUAUGAGAACAUCUGGCUUUUCCCUUCUUCACUGCCUCCGAAGGAAGUUUUGCCAUACCCUGAGAGAGUUACUGUUGUAGUCAUUAAUAUUUCCCAUUAUACUAGUAGUUCACAGGUUUAGUCCCCAUCCUGCAGCCCUUGUGCAAGCCUCCCCUGAUAGCUGUUGAAUUUUGAGUACGUAGAAAUUGCAUAGUAGUGCAAUCAGUGAAAAAUAGAUUAGAAGUAACUUCAUAUAAGUCAUCUUGGCUUCCUUCCCAAUCACAUUUUAUUGGUAGUAUAAAACAGAACGCAAGUCCUGAGCAGUUCAGAUGGAAUUACGGAUUUUACUUUGUAUGUUCAGCAAUAUGUCACUUGCAUACUGACUCCAAUGUAUGCCACAUCAGAGCUGGAAAUGUAAAAUGCAUAGGAUUUCAAAUUCUAGGCUUUCAGAUAUUUUGAUUGGUUGCAUAUUUUUAACUUGCCUUAUAUGUUAUUGGUGGAUUGAAAUACAGUACGGUCUUUAAAAUUUCA